UGCUCGUUUAUUUAAGCGGCAGCUAAUAAGUAGCGGUACGUAGGGUCGUGUUAGGAUGUUACAUACUUUAGCUGUACAGUUAUGCAAAUAAUAGAAUGCGUUGUUGUUGCAAUUUUAUGUUAUGGCGAAAAAAGUGACUCACGAAGUACGUUGAUUCAUGAAUAUUAAGUACAGCUAUUUAUCCGUGAUAAUGUGAAACAUAAUUAGUGUUGUGAUUUGGAGCGCUAUGUGUAGGAAGUAUAUAAUUCCCGUUGCUGUUCGCCGAUACAUAAUUCUCGAGCCUGAUAGCGAAUGACAGGACAGAUGCAUUCAUAGGUUGACGGAAAAUAUUAAGGAAAUGAUGCAGCAGCUGUAUCAGACGCUACCCGAUGACAGACCUAUUACAAGUAUUCAGAUAGUUGAGGAUGCAGACAAGUGUCCUCCUGGUUUUACUGUUGUAUCAAGAACACAUGAUCAGGAUUCCGAUGCAGAUUUAUGGAGAGAAGCAAAGGUAUUUGGUCGCAAGGUUACUCGCUAUGUGUGUCACUCGAAGACAGAAGGCAUUGCUGAUUAUAUUGUCGAAUCUGUUCUCAUUAUCAACGAGAGAGAAGUCCCACCAGAUGGUUACUCUGUCUUGACAAGAACGGCUGAUACAGAUCAACGAGCUUGGAGAAAGCGGCAGCUGUGCUACAGGCUUGCUAAGCAGACACAAGCAAAAACGGCAGUCACUGAUAUUAUUGUGCUAAGCAGGCUGAAAAAAGCUCCAGAUGGGUUUUCACUGGCAGGGGAUAUAAAUGGAAUGACCGUUUGUUUUAAAAUGAGGUUCGGGCUUACUCAAGAAAUUAAUAAAGUGCCUACAGCUGAUCUUUUUCUAAGUUUAAAUGCCGGACAUGUCGUGCAAGCAGAUUUGAACUCGCACUCGGCAGGAUACCCAUUACUGCCUCAAAAGCCACUGACAAAUAAUGUACCAUAUCCAGUUGCACCUAAGCCAGCUUCUGGAGAGGAUUCUCCUCAUGAAUAUGAGAGACUGAUAAAUCUAAGGCCUUCCAGACCAGCUCCUAAACCUCCAGGUGGUACUAAUUCGGCAGGUACCAAUUAUGCAACUCUUUCUGCAUACCAAGGUUUGGAAGGUGUGCCUUUUGUACUGAAUCCAGGAUUUAACAACAUUUCAUUUAUACAGUCGAUUCCUAGCAUCAAAGCGAAGACCAGAUAUCAGCUGGAUCAGGAGUUUGAUUAUGACUUCAGAAUUGAGAGGCAAACAUAACUGCAUGAAGAACUUAGUUUUGAAGUGGUCAGUAUGUAUAUGAUGUAUCUGUUCCUUACAUAUCUAUCAAAUGCUGUGGAGCCACAAAGAACAAAUAUCGUAUGACACUAAGUUGAUCCUAAGACUGGUCUAUUUUAAAGUGUGCUAAUGGGACUUUUAUAGGUACUCCCUGCUGUGCACUUUGGAUUUCACUUGUGAGAAGAUUGACUGAACUUAUUGUAUAUUGGUAUAGGGCAUUAUAAUUGUGUAUUGUAAUUGCAUUUAAAUAAUCCAAGUAAGAUUGUUGCAUUACUGAUUUUUGGUUUUGAUUAUAAAGAUAACAGCGAAAAAUGUAUUUUUUUCAGAGGUGAUUUAAGAAUAAUGUUCAGUUUAUGUAGCUGAGCUCUACAUGUGCUAUAAAAGUAAUGAUGCCUCAGGUAUAUUUUAGAUUGAAUAGUGAAACAUGUUUUAUAAAAUAUAAUGGAAGUGUUGAAUAUUUAUAGUUGCUUCAUUGGAGUUGUUAAAGAGAGGUAGAAUAAAACAUAAAAACAAUAAUUUUGUAUUUUGACAAAUGGAUGACAAAUUAUGAAAUGUAUGGUAUAUCAUGUCAUUUAAUGUCUACCUACUGAGCAUGUGAUUGUAUUGUGGAAUGAAGUAAUAUAUGUGUAUGUCUUCCUAGUACUAUCUAUAAUGGUUUGAUAGUUGUGACUCACGGGAAGCUUGUGGUGGUGUUUUCUGUCUGUUCGUGCCUUAGUAGUGAUUCUUCCAUCAUGUUCUGGGGAGACUGUGAAUCAAGACUUUAUGUGACAUUGUUUGAAUUAAUUUUGAUGUUUAAGUAUGUUUAUUGGUUACUGAAGAUCAUAUGAAUUUUUAGGCAUACAUAAAAUGCUGUUGUAUCAGCUGUUUGUAUGUGCUGUUUUUUCGUCACAUUUGUUUAUGUGGGUGAUGGGUUCUACAGCUUCCCGUGCAGCACAAAUAAUAUUACAGUUUUGAGUUUAUUAUGAUGCUACAACUAUUUUGAAUACAUAUCACAAUGUGGUGCAGAGCAGGAAGAAGUUUCUCUUUUAUAGUAAAUGAUGAUAUUGUAAUGUAUGCUGCUUGUAUCCCAUGUUGUGACCAACAAAUGCCAGAUGUCACCAAAGUAGGAAAACUGAGGCUGCAUUCGUAGUGCCUGAUCACAGUUUAUGCAUGCUGUUGCACAUGAAAGCUUAUUUAAUGACUUUUCAGUUGAACUGUCUUAAUAAGCUGUAUUGUAAUACUAGGCCCAAGGAAAUGGAAAAAAAACAGGAAGUAGAGCAAUCAGCACUUGAAAUGAAAUUGUUACAUCAUUUUGUUUAUUUAAUUAAGUUUUUAUUGUGAUAUUUAUUUAGUUAAGUCAGAAACUCUAUGCCAGCUCUUAAUACCCCUGGUAUGCUGUCCCACCAUUUACACUUUGCUCUAAGUGUAUUGUUAUAUUUUAACCCUCCCCCAUUCAUCUGUAAUAAACUUCAUAUGAGGUAUGAUUCGUUUGAAAAGAGAAGACUAACUCUUAAGUGUAAAGUACUCUCUCUCUCUCUCUCUCUCUCUCUCUCUCUCUCUCUCUCUCUCUCUCUCUGUCUGUGUGUGUGUGUGUGUGUGUGUGUGUGUGUGUGUGUAAGGAAGGAAGGGUGGGAGUUAUUUAUUUGUAUAUUUGUGCAUGUGGGAAGUGAGGGAUAGGUGCACAGGGCAGUCAUCAUUUGCUCAUUACUUCCACUAACUGUGUAGAGCCAUGUAUUAUGUAUAGGACCUCACUCACUUUUUUAUCUAAGAGUAUGCUGUGUGAUACUCUUGAUACUUCUCAUUAUAUCACUAAUGCCUCUCACAAAUUUGAGAAGCUGCCUAUUGUUUCUCUUACAUGUAUAUCAGCAUCGUUCCACAUUUUAUUUAUUUUUCUUUCCGC